UCCUUCCCCCCCCCCCUUCCCGCUGGUCCUUUCGCAUCUUCCAGACCAUGUCCACUGGGUCCCUCAGUGAUGUGGAAGAUCUGCAGGAGGUGGAGAUGCUGGAGUGCGAUGGCCUGAAAAUGGAUACUAACAAAGAGUUUGGGGCGUCCACCGAGAGCAACGAGGAGGGAUCGAAUGGCGAGAAUGGUUCCCCUCAGAAGGGGAGAGGGGCCUCGGGCAAGAGGAAAAAAGCUCCCCCCAAGAAGAGCCCUUUAAAUGGAGUGAGCCAGGAGGGAAAGCAGGUCCAGAGAAACGCUGCCAAUGCCAGGGAGAGGGCAAGGAUGAGGGUCCUUAGCAAAGCCUUCUCCAGGCUUAAGACCACCCUGCCCUGGGUGCCCCCAGACACCAAGCUUUCCAAACUGGACACCUUGAGGUUGGCCUCCAGCUACAUCGCUCACCUGAGGCAGAUCCUGGCCAAUGACAAGUACGAAAACGGCUACAUCCACCCAGUCAAUCUGGUAAGUCGUGGCCCGCUGCGGCCAGGCACUCUGC